CUCCUCAAGUUCUCUGUUAUGGAAGUGAAGUGGAUUCACGUCUUGGUCAUCUUCCUCUUCCUGCUCUCUAUUGCUAUGACGGGCUGCUUCCUCUGGCAGUACAGCCUCCCCAAAGUGGAGCCCAGCCCAUCUGUGAUGGAAGUGAGAUCAGAAGCUGUGCAGAUGUGUCCUCGCUUUCCUGAACCAGUACCGCUGGACCACCCCAUCCCCAUUCUGAAGGAUGCACUGGAGAAGGUGGAUAUGAUGCUGCGCCAAAGGAUUCACAGCUCUGGUCUCCCUGCCGUGUCUGCCAUUGUUAUCUACAACGAUACUGUGCUCUGGACAGGCAACUUUGGGAAGAAGAAUGGUUCGGACCCCUUCUCAGUGGUGCCCAACGAGUACACUAUUUACAGAAUUGCCAGUGUCUCCAAGAUCUUUCCCACCAUUAUGUUGUACAAGAUGUGGGAGGAAGGGAAAGUCACAUCACUGGAUGACCCUUUGGAACGUUAUGCCCAGAGCUUUGUUAUUAAAAACCCUCUGGGAAAGCUCAAGGAAUCAGAACAGAGAUACACAGCAGAUGGGCUGAUUUUUUUGGAAAAAGGCUCGAUGCCACUUAAGCCAUCGCCUGUUACCUUGCGCAGAAUGGCCAGCCAGCUCUCAGGUCUGCCCAGGAGGCUGCGAUCUACCAGCCUGCUGUGGAAAGGCAACACGCAAGAUGCCCUAGCUCUCCUGAAAGAUGAUGUAUUGGUUGCUGACCCAGGAACCAGGUGCCAUUACAGCAAUUUAGCCUUCUCACUAAUGGCGCACGUGCUGGCCGACCAUGCGGCGGAGGGGCAAUACCAGCGCUGGAUCUCGGAGAACAUCCUGGACCGCUUGGGCAUGGAGGACACCGGCUUUGACAUCACACCUCCGAUUCGCUCACAGAUGGCCGUGGGCUUCUAUGGCAGCCAGCAGCCAGCCCCUCUCUACGACCUCGGCUGGUACAGGCCUUCUGGCCAGAUGUACUCCACAGCUGCCGACCUUGCCAAGCUGGCAAUGGUCUUUUUAGGCACCUAUCACCGUCGUCUCCUAGAGCCUGACACUGUGAAGACGAUGCUGACCCCUCUGUUUAAGUGCUCCACUGAAUAUUUUGCUAACAAGACCGGCACACCCUGGGAGAUUAACGAGCAACUGGGCUACGAUGUCAUUAGGAAGGAUGGAGACCUCGAUGGUUAUUCAGCUACUUUCUCCCUUAUCCCCAAACUCCGUCUGAGCUUCAUUGUGCUGAUGGCAGGGCCUCGGCCUCAAGGGAGAGACAUGGUGACUCAGACGUAUGAGUAUCUCAUUCCUGCCAUGGAGACGGCGUUCAGGGAGGCAGAGAAAAGCUUGACUCCUCCUCCAAGCUCAGUCCCUUAUGUUGGCUACUACACCUAUUCCAACCUGACUUUCUAUGAGAUCAAAGUUGGACCUGGUGGGGUACUGGUCAUGCAGCAGUUUGGGCCUCAUGUUGAAGAGCUGAUCCCUGAAAAGUACCGGACAAUCAAGCUCCACCACUUGGAAGAUCGAGUCUUCCAGGUUGUUUUCGACAAGGAGUUCCCUUGUGUUCUGCACCUGGGCUCUGCCUCUAUCUCACUGGAGACUCAAGAUGGGCAGCUUUUUAAUUUUUAUCCAUUCGAUCGCAAGGGCUUGUCUCCUGGUUUUGAUGCACCAGGGCUGAACACAUACAAUGUGGUGCGCGUGCUUCGUAAACCUGUAUUCUAUAGCUAACUGUCCCCUCUCCUUUUCUAACCAUUUCUGGGAGGUGGCUCCAAAUCUGUGUCUUCCCAGACUCUCCUGUCUGUGUGGUUCUAUCGAUGCCACUAAAAAGGGAAAGAUGCCAUCCAGUGACUCUUUCCUCCAACAAAUACAUCGUGUUUCACUUCCAAAAAGGCUGCAAUGGCUUGCCUUCUCUGGCACUGCAUGGCAGGCUGGCUAACAAACGGUAAUGCUUGCAGAAACAAGUGGGAAUAUGCUGGAGGUAACGCCAUUCGGAUGCCACAAAAAAUCCCAGCACUUAAGUCUUCACACACUGAUACUGUCUGUUUGAUGACAAUUGUGGUGAUUGGCUGGCAUCAUCAAAAGGCUGAGAAUUUCCUAUGUCUCAGAAAACAUAUCAUCUUCAGCCCAAGGGUUCUUCCAUGGCUCUUCAGGGGCCUAGCUGCCAUGAACAAGAUUUCUUACUGGAUUUGCCAAAAGCAUUGUGUGCUAGAAAAUGGCACCAGCCCAAUACCAGGCCUAAUUUGUGAUACCUAGGAAGUGAGAGGUCCGUUUUUUUUCCUGGGUCAUGACUGUGAGAGGUGCAGACAGCAAUGUAGUUUUAUCUUGGCUCCAUGAAUUUCUGCAGAAGUUGUGGUCACGUAAAGGAAUUUAUAGCACUUAAGCACAGAUGAUGAAGUCUACUACAGUGAGCAGGACCACAUAAAUAUGUACUGGUAUAUUCCAGCUGGAUCAGGUUUGCGACUAUCUCAGUGCAUAGGUAGAUAUGUGUCUGUGUGCGUGUGUGUGUGUGUGUGUGUGUGUGUGUGUGUGUGUGUGUGUGUGUGUAUGGCAUCGGAGGGCAGGAAUCUGUACGUAUGUUUUGGGUAUGGUGUCUGUAUGGAUACCUACCUGUUCUAUUUAUGCAUGUUCUGUGAAGUGUGUACUUUGACUGCGUAUCGUGACUCAGGUACAGAUCACUAUGCAGACAGCGGAGGUGAAGCUGUUUAUUUGGGAGAAAUAGGUAAGUAAACCUCUAGAAGAAGGAUGAGGUAGGAUGCCAACUGAAAGUGCAUUAGCCUGGGGAAUGCUACAUUUAGGCUAGGUGUAGCUGAAAGCAUUCUGCAAAGCCACAGGUGCAUUUUCUUCUCCUUUCACUGCCCACUCAAUGUGAAGGUAGGCAGGGCAGAUGACAUGUCCAACAUCAUAUAACUGUGAUGGGAACAGAGCCAGGCACAAUGACUGCAAGACAGGGAAAGUAGCACCAGUCUUGGCUCCUUCAAUACCCUUUCAUGUUUAGGACAGUAUUGUGAUUGCAGUCUUAACUGGAGCCUGAAAUAAAAGCAAGCAGAGGGAUUACCUUCAUAUAAAAAGCUUAUCUACAGAGCAUGGGUACAGCUGCAUGGCAUGAGAAUCCUGGAGGUAGUGCAGAGGGUGGGCAUACUAGCACAACCUUCUUUCAUCAAAGGCUUUUUGAAGUGCAUAUUCUCCAAUAUUGUCACUGGUAUGAGGCCGGAUCCUCUUGUAGUUUGACCUCCUGCUGCUGCUUGUUCACCAAGGGUCUUGCAAGUCGACAUGUCUCAGAGGAUGAGGAAAUAAAUCUCCCUGUCUCCCUUC